UCUAGCUCCAGCCCCACGAGAAGACUCUCUUUGGUAAAAAAAUCAAAAUGUAGAUUAUUUCAAAGUAGCUACAUGGAGUCAUAGCUAUCUAGCUGUGUUGUGUCUGUCCUUGGGGUUCAACCAGUCGGACAACAUUCCGGAAAAGGGAUUCGCAUAUUGGGAACGUGUGACUGUGAGCAUUGGAGUAGCUUCAGCGGUCCAUGAAGACCUGCCUAGCCGUCGGUAGUCCUCAUUCUGUCCGGUCUAGUGGACUUGAUGAACCCCGCCUGCCCGCCCUGACCCGGGAGUAGCACCGACAACACGGUACCGCGUACCGGUCAUGGACUUCCCGGGCCACUUCGACCAGGUCUUCCAGCAGCUGAACUACCAGCGUGUACACAGCCAGCUGUGUGACUGUGUCAUUGUGGUGGGCAGCCGCCAUUUUAAGGCCCACCGCUCGGUGCUGGCGGCUUGCAGCACUCACUUCAGGGCCCUAUUCACCGUCGCCCAGGGAGACGCCAGCAUGAACAUGAUACAACUGGACAGCGAGGUGGUGACGGCGGAGGCGUUUGCCGCCCUGGUGGACAUGAUGUACACCUCCACCCUGAUGCUAGGGGAGAGCAACGUGAUGGACGUGCUGCUAGCCGCCUCUCACCUCCACCUGAACACCGUAGUCAAGGCCUGUAAACACUACCUAACCACCCGCACCAUGCCCAUGUCCCCGCCGGCAGACCACCGGGCCACACAACACCGCCAGCAGCGCCAACCCACCCACGCAGACCAGCAGAGACACAGGCAGGAGACGGCAGCCGUCGAGUUAGCCGCUAACGCUAAACUAGCGGCUAACGCUAACCUGGCGGCCGACGCCGCUACGUCCAGGCUCCAGCGGUCGUUCCUGCUGCAGCAGCUGGGUCUAAGCCUGGUGAGCUCUGCCCUGGGCGGGGUGGAGGAGGAGGAUGGGGCCGGGGGCGUUAGCGGUAGCGGUGGUGUUAGCGUUAGCGGCGUAGUGGAGCACAGAGCUUCCUUCCCCAUCCGACGCUUCCACAAGAGGAAGCCCUCCCUGAGCUUCGGCCUAUCUGAGGACAGGCCCAGGCAGAGGGCCCGCCCCGCUGGACCCCCCGGCGGGGGUGAGGAAGGGGGGCUACUCUCCCACGACUCCCGCAAGACUGCGGAGGAGGCUAGACUGGACGCGGCGAUCACUGGCCUAGUAGAGGGCGUGUCCCAGGAUGACUCCCAGAUGCCCAGCCAAUCGGACGGAGGACACUGCGAAGGGGAGGAGCAAGGGAUGGCGGAGGAGGAGGUGGGUGUGGGGAAGGAGUCCCUGGAUGGAGGGAGUCACCAUGGUGAUGGGGUGGAGGUGAAGAUGAAGGAGGGAACGGAGGAGGAAGAGGAGGAGGAGGAAGGACGGGAGAAACAGGGAAAGGUGGUGGUGAAGUGUGAGCCUCUGAGCUCCCCGGAGCCAGCUGAUGACCUCACCAUCCAGGGCAGCGAUCAGCUGAGACCUGGAGAAGGAGGAGGAAGAGGAGGAGGAGGAGGAGGAGGAAGAGGAGAAGAGGGGGAGAAGGUAGAACUGAGCCCACAGAGCAGCGACCGCAGUCUCUCCUCCUCUGACCAACAGCUGCCCCAGCCCAGAUCCCAGCUCCUGCUGAAAGGAGGUAUUGGUGGGGGGAGUGGAGGUGGUUUUGGGUGUAGCGACCAUCUUGAUGGGAAGUCUGGUUUUAGGAUUUCUAGCUUCCUCAGCUCCAAGGUCUUUGGAGGCGCGGGGUCGGGGGUCGAUGCCGGGGACGACGACCUCAACACGACGACUGGCGAGGCGAUGGCAGCGGCACAUCACUUCCUGCUGAGCCCGGAACACUCUGGGACCACUAACUCCGCCUCGUCCUCGAUGCUCCGUCCCGGGUCGGCCACCCACCUGAACCUGCUGGGUGGCGACGGUCUCGGGGGAUUCUCUACAGACGCUGAUUCGCUCUUCCUGCGGCCCCUGCAUGACGGGCUGGGAAACCCCAGGGGAGGAGGAGGAGGGUUUCCAGACCUGUUCUCUCUGGACUUCCAGCGCUCCAGCCUGGGCCUGCACUCCCUGGCCCGGGCCUCUAGAGGGGGCUCCCUGGGCUUUCCUGGAUACCGCCGCAUCGCACCUAAAAACGACAACAUGGGAGGAGGAGGAGCCGGGGCCGUUCUCCAAGACUCCCUGUCUUCCUCCAGUCUAGGGGAAGGGGGACCCCUGCUUCUGAACGGGUCGGGGGGUUACGAGUCAGGCCCACCCACCUCCUCCUCCUCCUCCGCCCCCAACCCCCACCCCCAGCUGACCCGUGCCUCAGCGGACGUCCUCUCCAAGUGUAAGAAGGCCCUGUCCGAACACAACGUCCUGGUGGUAGAGGGAGCCAGGAAGUACGCCUGUAGGAUCUGCUGUAAGACCUUUCUCACCCUGACCGACUGUAAGAAACACAUCAGGGUCCACACAGGGGAGAAGCCUUACGCCUGCCUCAAGUGUGGCAAGCGCUUCAGCCAGUCGUCCCACCUGUACAAACACUCCAAGACCACCUGCCUGCGCUGGCAGAACAGCAACAUGCCCAACACACUGAUGUAGAGC